AGACUAUAACAAAUUAUGGAAUUAAAAAACCAGACAACUGUAGUAGAAUUCUUUCUCUUGAGACUCUCAGAGGAUCCAGACCUUCAGCCCAUUCUCUUUGGACUCUUCCUGCUUGUGUACCUAGUGACAGUUUCUGGAAACCUUCUCAUCAUCCUCGCAAUUGUCUCUGACUCUCACCUCCACACUCCAAUGUACUUCUUCCUCUCAAACCUUUCCUUCAAUGACAUCUGCUUCAGCACCACCACUGUUCCUAAGAUGCUGAUAAACCUUCAGAAACAGAACAAAGCCAUCAGUUACACAGGCUGCAUUACCCAGCUCAGCUUUGUCUUGCUUUUUGCUGGAAUGGAAAACUUCCUCCUUGCAGCAAUGGCGUAUGACCGUUAUGUGGCCAUCUGCAAGCCCCUUCGCUAUACAGCCAUCAUGAAAGCCCACUUGUGUCUUGUGAUGAUUUUAUUGUCUUUGUGCAUUAGCAUUGUGGAUGCUCUUUUACAUGGUUUAAUGAUUUUGCGGCUAUCUUUCUGCACAUUUCUUGAAAUUCCCCACUAUUUCUGUGAACUUGAUCAGGUUAUCAAGCUUGCAUGUUCUGACACUCUCAUCAAUAACAUUCUGGUAUAUGCAGUGACUAGUGCAUUAGGUGGUGUGCCCCUAGUAGGGAUUAUUUUCUCUUACUAUAAAAUUAUCUCUUCCAUCCUUAGAAUGCCAUCAUCAGGCAGUAGGCAUAAAACUUUCUCAACCUGUGGGUCUCAUCUGUCAGUUGUUUCCUUGUUCUAUGGGACAGCUUUUGGGGUAUACAUUAGUUCUGCAUUUACAGAAUCAUACCAUCAGACUUCUGUGGCAUCACUGAUGUACACUGUGCUUCCUCCAAUGCUGAACCCAUUUAUCUAUAGUCUGAGGAACAAAGAUAUGAAGAAAGCUUUGAGAAAAAUCAUAGGCAGAUUAUUAUAA